CGUUCCAUUACUCGGGUCCGUUUCUCCCGGUCGUGUUCAGUGCAGCAGCUGCGAGGAUCUGAGGAAACUCACUCACUCUCCAGUGUCUCGGAUACUUUACGGUCCCACGGACGCGCCGCCCGCCCGGUCUCCAAUCACCCGUUCAGUUUGGCCCCGGGAAUCGAGAACAGCCCCUCUUGAGAUGAUGUUGUGUCUCGGUCUGUUCGUGUCUCUGGUGGUUUUGACGGUGUCCGUUACCGGCAGCAGUGACGGAAACCCGCUGGACAACGAUAAGUGGAUGAGCACCGUGUCCCAGUACGACAAGAGCAAAUACUGGAACAAAUUCCGCGACGAGGUUGAGGACGAUUACUUCAGAACCUGGAACCCAAACAAAGCACAAGACCAAGAAAGCGCACCGAACCUAUGGGCAGAAGUGAACCCUAAAUCACACUUCCAGACCAAGAGCAGAACCACUGAUGGGCUGGACAGCACUAAAGACCCCUGUGUGAAGGUUCACUGCCCUCCUCACAAAGUGUGUGUGAGCCAUGACUUCCAGACGGCUAUCUGCACCAAUCACAAACCAGCACAGCACAGUGUUAAACCCAGGAAAGGAAAUGUUCCCCAUAAGCGUUGGAUGGGAGCGUUGGAUAUGAAUCAUGGGAAAUGUAGGCCAUGUCCUGUAGUUCACUCCAACUCAGUGUGUGGCUCGGAUGGACACACAUACUCCUCAAAGUGUAAACUUGAAUUCCAGGCCUGCAGCUCUGGUAAGGGCAUCUCUGUGAAGUGUGAGGGUCCAUGUCCCUGCCUGCCAGGACAGGAAGUCAUCAAACCACACACAGAGAAGAACGGCUGCAGCGAUGCUGAUUUGAGAAGUUUAGCAUCCAGACUCAAAGACUGGUUUGGGGUUUUGCACACAGAUGCCAACAGAGACCUGAAGACCACCACGAGCGAUGCUGCACAAGGACGUUUCGACACAAGCAUUUUACCCAUCUGUAAAGAUUCCCUCGGGUGGAUGUUCAACAAGCUGGACAUGAACUACGACCUCCUCCUCGACCAAUCAGAGCUCAGCGCCAUUUACCUUGACAAAUACGAGCUGUGCAUGCGUCCGCUGUUCAACUCCUGCGACUCCUUUAAAGACGGAAAGCUGUCCAACAACGAGUGGUGUUACUGUUUCCAGAAACCUGACGGCAUGCCAUGUCAGAAUGAGAUGAACAGGAUUCAUUCUCAAAGCCGAAGGAAGACACUGAUAGGGACGUAUGUACCGCGCUGUACUGAAGACGGUUAUUUUAAGGCCACUCAGUGUCAUGGCAGCACCGGUCAGUGCUGGUGUGUCGACAAAUACGGCAACGAGAUUGCAGGAUCCCGCAGACAGGGAAACCCUACCUGUGAGGAGGAUCAGGAGACGUCUGGAGAUUUCGGCAGCGGCGGUGCAGUGAUUCUACUAGACGAUCAGGAGGAGUCUCCGCAGCGUGGGCGGGGUCGACAGAAAGAGAGGCGGGGUCGGCUCCACCCCCGCGGGGCGAUCGAGGAUGACGAAGACGGAGAGGAUGACGAGAUUGGCUACGUCUGGUAGCUCCGCCCACCCAUCUUCUGUUAAUUAACCAGGGACCCAUGUUAAAAUGCACAGUUCUGAAGCCAUUCCAGCUCCGCCCCUCGGACACGCACCCUUCCUCCUGCCCCGCUCUCAUUCUGGAUCUGAACUCGUCCUCCUCAUUCUCCCUUUCUUUAGCCACCUCUUCAUGUUCUGUCCUCUGUUUUCCCUCGUUCAAACACUCCUGGUCGCUCUAGUAUUCUAGAUGCCUCUUUGUGGCUCUAGACGGUUAGACGUGCAUGACGAGAUUGUUCAGCAUUUCUGGGGCUUCUUACCAGUUCUACAUAAGAUCUUUUAAAAGGGUUCGUUCUCAGUGGUGGUAUGCAUGAACUCCACUGUGGAAUGCAUGAAACGACGGCUGAGACCUUUGAGGGUGAGGAUCAGGUGGGCUUAAGCCAAACGCGCACUACAAGACUGAAGCUCAUCAUGCUUUCAUGUUUUAAAUCUGCCACAAGAGGCUGCAGAUCAUAGCGAACUCACAGCACGUGCUCGUCGUUGAUGGUCUCUUUGUGUGAGACACAUUGCAACUAGUCAGAGAUGCUAUAAUAAAUUUAAAACUAGUUCAAAUCUGAGCAAAGAGCAACAACAUAGAGCUAAUGAGAUUGCGAGAGAGCAUAAAAGUAGGGUGAUGCAUUUGAAAAUGGGGAAACUUUCCCCAAAGCACUGGGAAAUGCAUAUUUCUAGUUUCUUUUAAAUGUUCACAUCCAUGCAAAAAUGACCUCCAACCCUUCCUCUUUGUGGUUUGUCACAGAGAGAGUUUGUGCAGGAUGAUCUUGUAAUUGACGCAUAUUGACUGUGAUAGGUUGAGUAUAGUGUCACAAAAACAACACAAAACACAAGAAACUAUGGAUGAUGAGCUUCAGUCAUGUUGUGUGUGCUUGACUUUAUGCUGCUUUCACGUCAUUUCACAAUUACUGUAAUUAGAAGUAGAAAAAACCAUUCACAUCUUCUUGAACUCAUAGUUGAAGUUGAUGUUUUUCACUAUUUUUCACUUGUUUCACAGUACAUAUUUUAUUUCAGUUAUAUUUCUAAUUGUUUUCUUGUUUUCUGAGAAAUUGAUUAAAAAUUAAGAGAGUUCAUUCUUAA